AUGUGGAAAUAAUUCAAAAAUGUCAUUUUAGAUUAAAGAGUAGCAUAUAAAUAUAAAGAAAUUUAGAAUGCAAAAUAGUUCAUUUCUAAUUCAAUUGAAUUUAACUCCAAUAUCAAAUAUGAUAUUAAUAUUAUCUCAAAAUUUAGUUAUAUUUAAGCAAGGGCAACAUAGUCCAAAUAUCCAAUAUUGAUCAUAGGUAAGACAUGUCCAAUUAAGAAUUCAUUUAACUUAUUUGAAUAUACAACUAUUUAUCCUCAAUUACUUGGUUUACAUCACAAUAAAUAACAUAAUGAAAUUAUUGUAGCCAAAUAAUCAUUAUUAGAAAAAGGGAUCAAUAUUAAUUAAUUAAAUGAUGAACCAUAAUAAAUUAGUGGAAUAUAUGUUGUAGGAUUAGAGAGGAAUUGGGAAAUAUAAGCUUAAGUAACAUUUUAUAAAAAAUAAAGGUUAUUUGUGAUCUUUUGAGUACAGAAAAUGGAAUUAUUAAUGAUAAAUUUCAUAAAGUGGAUUAACAUAUACCAUUAAAAUAUUUUUAUAAUAUUGGAGAUAAGAAUAUGGAAAAUUAAUAAUUAGCAAUAGAAUCUACUUAUAAACUCAUUUAUGAUUAGGAUGUCAAGAUGUCUAGAGUAAUUUCUGAUUUUGAUAUAUUGAUUGACUUUGCAAAAUCUAUUAAUGAUAUUAUUCUUUAUAUUAAUGAGGAUUCUAACUUUAUUGUAAAUGAUAAGAAAAUUUAGAAAAUAUGA